AUGAGAACACCAUUCAAUGUUGGUGCACUGUUCAAUGUUGACUUCAGCCUUGAAGACAAAGAAGGUUGUGUAAGGACUUCUUCUCUUGAUGGCGAUGUUCUCUGGGCUUUGGUGAAAGAAAAUCCCAGAACAACUGUUCGAGAAGUUGCAGGGAAACAUAAUCUUGCAAAUCGACCGUUGGUGACCACCUCAAGGCAAAAGCUUUGGAAAGAGUCCAAAGUUCACCUGAAAUGCACCUGGUUUGCGCAGCAAGACUUUUUGAUCCUAGUUCUCUCCGAUAAAGAUUAUCUAUUAAGAGCAUCAAUAGCUUUAGGUUCAUUUACUGAAUAA